AUGGCCGGGCACAGGCCACCGAACUGUCCUCAGUCCACAGUCUGCAUCGAGGUGGUGGACUUAUACCUGCUGCCCGAGCCCUUCUCCGGGCUGAUCGCGGGGGAGUUCGGGCCGCUGCUAGUGCUGAGCUGCCGGGUGUGCCUGGAGGAGAAGCCCAUCAAGCCCCUGUCCUGCUGCAAGAAGGCGGUCUGCGAGGAGUGCCUCAAGCGGUACCUCAGCUCCCAGGUGCAGCUGGGACAAGCGGAUAUAAAAUGCCCGAUCACAGAAUGCAGCGAACACCUGGAUGAAACAACCAUCCUCUAUAACCUGCCCCACGAUGACAUCAUCAAGUAUAAAUAUUUUCUGGAACUCAGCCGCAUUGACUCCAGCACCAAGCCGUGCCCUCAGUGCAAGCACUUUACAACCUUCCGGAGGAGAGGCCACAUUCCUACCCCUGCCAAAUUGGAGAACAAAUACAAAAUCCAGUGUCCAUCUUGCCAAUUUGUCUGGUGUUUCAAGUGCCACUCUCCCUGGCAUGAAGGCGUUAACUGCAAAGAAUACAAGAAGGGAGACAAGCUGUUGCGUCACUGGGCCAACGAAAUCGAACACGGGCAGAGGAAUGCCCAGAAGUGUCCAAAAUGCAAGAUCCACAUCCAGAGAACAGAAGGGUGUGACCACAUGACCUGUUCCCAGUGUAACACUAAUUUCUGUUACCGUUGUGGGGAGAGAUACCGCCAGCUCCGGUUCUUUGGAGAUCACACCUCAAACCUCAGUAUCUUUGGAUGCAAAUACCGCUACCUCCCCGAGAGACCACAUUUAAGAAGAUUAGUGCGAGGCUCUGUCUGUGCUGGAAAAUUGCUCAUUACACCCCUAAUACUGGUUCUGGGGCUGGCACUGGGAGCCAUAGCUGUUGUAAUAGGUUUAUUUGUGUUUCCUAUCUAUUGCCUUUGUAAAAAGCAGAGGAAAAGGUCACGGACAGGUAUGCCCUGGUAAGGAUGGAGCUUGCUCACCUGAACUGAGCUGGUCCUGCAAGGGCUAUACAUGCUUUGUGCAACAGAGCAAUACAGUGCUGGUAACAGCAUCAAAGCCACCGCCCUGGAAGAAGAAUGGGGGAUCUCCUGCCAUCUUCCCUUGGCCGAAAACACUACUGCAGAGCAGAAAGCCUCUUUGCUCUGGUGCACUCUGAACAAGAUGGGCCCCCUGACUGCUGCUUUUUAAAUGUUUUGGGGUUUGGUUUUUUUAAUUGUUACUUUGGAGGGGUUUUUCAAAGUCUAAGUUUCUGAACUAGACAAUCAAAGUCUGUAUUGUAGCCACAACUCUACUACCGAUUUGGCCUGUGAAGAAAGCAUUUAACUGCUAACAUGUGCUCCAUUUAACUUCAGUGUCAGCCUUUAAGGGGGAAAUGCUUGGAAGUGUUUGGACUCUUAUUGUAUACUGAGCAUACUACUUUUGGUAUUAAAAACUACUUCUGUAAAUAACUUCCAUCACACAGCAUUCUGUUCAGCAUACCGAAACCCCGUCACAUGCCAGAGCAUGACAGCUGGUUAUCUUCUGAGUCCUCCUGAUAGUGGGCAAGAGUGCAAAUUGCCACCGCCAAACUGCAGUGCCUCAGAGGGAAACAUCCUUAGCAUUGAAGCCCUGCGAUACUUAAAAAAUAUGCUGAUUGGUUUCACUUUGGUAUUUGAUAUAUGUCAGUCUAUUAAUAUUGAUUGGGGGGGUGACAGAUUUGUUAGAGUACAGCAUUUUGAAACUUUCCCAGUACAGAAAAAAAUUUGAAUGGUUCAUAUACAAGACGUAUCAAUGGCCUGUUCUGUCCCAAGAUAUCCCUGAAGUGUGAUGCAGAAGGUACCAGGAAAUGUGUUUGCAGGGAAGCUGGAAACCUGCUCUUCUGUUCUGACUUGGUGUAUAAUGCACAUGCUACACGCCAGUUGUGUGAAGAUUGAGUCGAUGAAAUUUUAUAACCCAAGUAGCAUAUCGUAUUUGUACAUUUGUUCAUUUUAAGUGGGCUACAUAAGUCUUAGAGCAUCUGCUGAUGUCUCAUGAGGAAAAUCUGUGAAUUUUAGGUAAGGGGAUGGGCCGUGAAUUCUUAGGAGACCAUUUUGUUCUUAUUCUCUGCUUCCAGUGUUUUUCCUCCUGGCACAUCACAGAUCUGAAGAGAAUAGCCAUCCUUUUUUCCUAACUUCAGAGUACCAUGUUUGCUGCCAGACCUCUUUCUCAGCAUAUCACCACAAGAGCAAUGUAAUUCAGCGUUAGGAAUCAGCUACUAAUAAUUUUUUCACUUUUAGUUAUAAUCCAAAUUUCUCUUAGAAAUAUAACUUAAAAGAAUAAAAUAAAUUUCUGUAAGCAGAACACUGAAUAAAGAAAGGACCUGAAUAAGAAAUAUCUACUUUAUACUUUAAAAUUACAAGCUGAUCUUAAAGAAAAGAAGAUUGGAUUUGUACUGUGAAGGUACUUUUUUUAGUGUGUGUUUGAAGAUACGAGUGUAUGUGUGUGUAUAUAUAUGGGGAGUGGGGGAAGCAGGGAGAUGGGCAAAGUCCGCUUCAAAAU